GCUUGCCCAGAAACCACUCUCGAUAAACUUUGCAAGAUUAAUUUUCUUUCACUCGUUUAUUUUUUAGAAUUUGUUCGAGUUUUUAUUUACUAACAAUAAUUCAUAACCGAGUGUGACAAAAAAGCUAAAAUGGUGGAUUUUUCGUAUCAGUCGAAUGGCACGUGCCAAGAUUGUUGGGAUUUGGGUCCUCCACCGGAUACCAUUUUGACCAUACCGCCACCUCCUAUGCCUACUUUUUUCGCUAGUUCUUUCAUCAAUGUUGGUAAUCGGUCGAAUGCACCUUGUCCUUUGCUGUGCGAUUGGACUACCGGUCAAGGAUUGGAAAUCAACGAAGAGUUUCCAUUUAAAGGCAAUUUGGAAGAAAAUUCGUGGUUCUUGUUGACGAUCUCUUCAUUCACGAUUAUUCUAUUGCUGGCGAUGCUGUUAACGUUACUAAUUUUGAAAUUCCGACAAAAUCAGAAAAUGAAAUCAUGUCUACACAAAACAACUUACAACGAUCGUACCUACGAAUCAAUUUUAUAUCCGUCGAUGAAAGAUAAUCACGUACUAUGGGCAACACUAACACCCAAAGGAAAACCUCAAGCUGUAGCAGUCUCAUCGGUCCCACCUCCCUUACCCCCGAGAGUCUCCCACGUCAGAAGUUUCGAGAAUUGUGCUUUCGCCGAUAUGGACGAUUACCCGACGAAAUAUGGCCGGCCACGGGUUUCUUCACCGAUGCGUAUCGAAAAUCCAAAUAUGCCACCGUUGAAUUUUUAUCCAAGUUUUAAACGUAAUCAUUAUCCGUCUCUUUUGUAAAAUUCAGACUUAGCAAAGAUUCCAUUUGGGUCAAAAUUAAAUGAAAUGGAGAUAUAGAAGAUGAAUAGAUAAAGCAAGAGUUGCGGGAGUACCUACUACCUAUGAGAUGCCAGUUACAGUUGUGAAAAACUUCAUUUGUACCAUUGUAUGAUAUUACCGAUGUCUAUACCUAUGUUCUCCCUUCGUAUAGCUUUUUAUUGGACAUUUGUUUUCUCAUUUUUAUGUAGAAUUACUUGAUGGAUGGUUUUUUUUUUUUUUGGUUUUGGUUGAAUUUUCUUAGGUUUUUUCUAGUCAUAUUUUUAAGAAUGUUGAUUACUCUUGAGCAGAAUAGCAAUGCCCCAAUGUCACAUCUCAUUUCGAUUUCAUGUUCAUCGGUGAAGCAAAGUACAGGUUUAGAAUAUUACCUAUUUGAAGAUGAAAUUGUGCGGAUUUUCCUAAAAAAUUGCUGUUGAAACUUUUGUUAUGUUAUUCUAUUAUGCGAAAGAAUAAAGUAACAUUUACCUAUAGGUAUUUAUUCGUGUAUUGAUUAUUUUUUUAUUUACAUGUUUAUUUAUUUAUUUUAUUUAUAUUUUUUUUAUUAUUACUUUUUUGGUUAUAAUUAUGUUUUUAUUUUUUACCUUGUUUAUUUCAUUUUGCAUAAUACAUUCAAGAGUUAA